AUGCAUUCACCAUCUAACCACUUUUACUCCGCUCAGGAGUUCCCGCUUCAAGGCGAAGACUCGCUCACCGACUAUCCAAAUCCGCAAUAUGAAUUCUCACCAAAUUAUGACUUGCCAGCCGAGGAAUACGCCAUCAGUAGCCACGGAAAUGUGACGUGGCUCUCCGCGGUGUCCGGAUUGAUUUCGUGUGAGAAUGGAGACUCAUUCUCGUUCCAGAUUACGGACUUUUGUGAUGAGAAAGUCUCCGAUCUCCGCAAAGUGCUCCGCAUCGGAAUGGUGCUCGGAUUCAGAGCUAUCGAGAAAGACGAUGGUCGAUUCGUCAUCAACUACGUCUACCCAUUAUCUGGAAUCGAAGCUGAAAUCCGGUUCAAAAAAAUGGAAGAGAUCGACUUGACACCCGGAAAAGACGAGUACGAGUUGCGAUUGGAGGGAAAAGCAUUCGACACACUUUUGGACGUUUUUAGAAAAGAUGGAAGUGCGGAUAUUGGGUUGAGAUGUUUGCAUGGAAGCGGCAAAGAAGAAAAACCACUUCACAACUACAUCGGAACUUCCGGCGAGAAGCUGCGCCAAUUCGUGACUAGUCGUACUCACAUCUUCCGUCUUGAACAUGAUUUCGUUAGUCUGCAGCUCCCGUCCGUCUACCUGGCCGUCAAAUAUCUCAACACCUAUCUACUCCAAAGCGGUGGUGCCAUUUCCAUUGAAGAUCUCUACAACUUCUACAUCUCCCACCUGUUUCCCAAUCCCGUCCGGAAACACGUUGGAUUCACCCCUAAAGUCUUCAUGAAUCUUCUCAAGAAUCACCCAUUCGUAUUCUCCGUUUUCCCAAGUGAAGUGUUCGUGUCGUCGAGAAGAAAUCUUCCGCAGUUUGAUUAUCCCAUGUUCAUCGACUCCAAUUUCCCGUUUCUGGAGCCUCGGGAACCGGAUUUUGUGCAAGCGAAGCAGGAGGCCUAUCCUCCAUCGGUUAAUUAUAAUAAUCAAUAUAAUAACGUACGAGACGACCGACCAGAUUCUCGCGCCUCAAUCGAAAUCGAGUGGCGUCGUGAGAAGUUUGAUGACAGCCCAUUCCCAACUUAUGAUGGUGUCGGACCAUUCGCUCUUCUAGUCGCCGCUACUUUUGGUCCCAGAGCUACUCGCUCAACGGGUUCUUCUGAGGAAUCUUCUGCAACCUCCCCAUCUGGAUCUAGUAACCCACCAACAUCCGGCACUUCCAGCACCACCUUCCCCGACACGUGCGAAUACAAUCUAUUCGGUCCGAAUGAUCUUCUCCGUGAAUGUCUUGAUAGUCUCUGCUCCUGGACGCUCUAG